CGCACCGUCGAAGAAGUGUCAGUUUCCUGUGCGACUUUGCAUCACAUCCGCUUUGUGAUGCCGAGGUGAACAUUACAGAGUAAUGGCGGCGUGCCGGGGGUCUUCGUCGAAAUGGUAUUACACCCGGGAGCAACUGGAAAACACGCCGUCCCGCCGAUGUGGAGUAGAACCAGACCGGGAACUGUCCUACCGACAACAAGCGGCAAAUCUGAUCCAAGAUAUGGGUCAGAGACUCAACGUCUCUCAAUUAACAAUAAAUACAGCAAUUGUUUACAUGCAUAGAUUUUAUAUGCACCAUUCUUUCACCAAAUUCCAUAGGAAUACAAUAUCUCCAGCCACCUUGUUUUUGGCUGCAAAAGUGGAAGAGCAACCCCGGAAACUGGAGCAUGUGAUCAAAGUUGCACAUGCUUGUCUAAACCCACAAGAGGCUCCUCUAGACACAAAAAGUAAUGCAUACCUCCAGCAAGCUCAAGAGCUGGUGAUACUUGAAUCCAUAGUUCUGCAGAACCUGGGCUUUGAAAUUACUAUUGAUCACCCACACACUGAUGUGGUGAAAUGUUCCCAGCUAGUGCGAGCAAGCAAGGAUCUGGCACAGACUUCCUAUUUCAUGGCUACCAACAGGUUGUUAUCCUGCCCCUCCUUUGUUGCACUUUGACUGCACACCAUAGCUUCCUGUAAUGCAGGGUACCCUCUCAGUGUCCAACGGGCCCUACUUGCGCUGGUGGUUGUUGGGACGCUUGCCUCCUCCCCUCAGCUCCCCUCCCUUUGUCAGAGGCAGCGGGAUAUGGUGGCUCGUGGCGUUACCGGCCCCAGUCGCAGUGCGGUGUAUUGUACAAGGGACCACGUGUUGGCACAGAUGGGUUGAAUGCAAGAUGUGAAGUGUAGUGGUGCGCUUGAAACCCACGUGUUUGUUCGGUUGCGAAAAAGUGCAUAAUUCUAAAAGAAAGACACUCUGGUAGCCUGAGUAGCAGCUAAAGAUUUCACAGAUGUAAACAUUUCUCGUAGAGGUUCCUCCGUCUACACCUCACUACCUUCUGCCUCCAGUACAAGCCCACAGUGAUUGCCUGUGUGUGCAUACAUUUGGCCUGUAAGUGGUCCAAUUGGGAGAUCCCAGUUUCUACUGACGGUAAACACUGGUGGGAGUACGUGGACA